ACGCACACGGGCGAACGACCUUACCGGUGUGAGGAAUGCGGGAAGAGCUUCAGGCAUAGAUCAACGUUGACCAUCCAUCACCGCGUGCAUUCGGGGGAGAGGCCCUACAAAUGCCCCGAGUGCCACAAGAGCUUCAAGAACAGCUCGGAGCUGGUGCGCCAUGGGCGGAUCCACACCAGCGAGCGACCCUACGAUUGCUCCCAAUGUGGGCGGCGUUUCGGUGACACCUCCCAACUGGUGCGGCAUUGGCGGAUCCACACCGGCGAGCACAACCAUCCCAACCCAACCUGCGGGAAGAGCUUUUCCAACCGUCCCAGGCUCACCAACCACCGACUGGUGCACACCGGUGAGAAGGAUUACCACUGCCCCGACUGCGGCAGAGGCUUCAACCGUCGUUCCAACCUCCUGGUUCACCAGCGGUCCCACCUGGAGCAGAAACCCUUUAUUUGCCUGGAUUGCCCCAAAAGCUUCACCUGCAGCAACCAACUCAUCCAGCAUCGGCAGAUCCAUAGCGAGGAGAAGCCUUAG